UCAGCACUGUGAGCCCGUGCGUGCUGUGCAUAACGUGGGUGGUUUCUACGCUUUGCUGUGAUUCGUAGACAGUGUGGAAGUGCUGAGUAGUGAACCAUUUCAGUACUAUUUUUUGGCAAGUUGCUCACUGGCUGACUGAAAUGAGGCAGUGGGCCGUGUUUGAGUUUGGCAGAAGUGCUCUGAAGUUUGGUGUGUGAGGUAAGAUACCUGAUUUUGCAGCCAUCAUGAGUGCAUGUGAGAGAGCUGCUCUCUGUCUUUUCCUCCUGCUCAGUCUGAGCCAGACUCCACUGUGUGUGACAGCAGGGAAGAUUCUCGUCUGGCCUGCGGAUUUUAGCCACUGGCUCAACAUUAAUGUCAUCAUAGAUGAACUCAUAGCGAGAGGACACAGUGUGACAGUAGUUACCCACAGUGCUACACCAUCUGUAAGGACAGAUCAGUCUCCAGGCUACAACGUGGAAAUCAUACAGGUGCCCUACACCAAACAAGACAUUUUUAAUAAUUUGGACCUAAUGUUCAAGUAUUGGGUAAAUGAAGUGCCAAAUGACAACAUGAUUCAGGUCUUUCUAAAGAUAAAGGAGGUCCUUGACAAAACCAUAGAGCAGAAUCAGGUAAUGUGCAGGGAGCUUUUUGCACGGGAAGAUCUGCUGGAGAAGUGGAGAAAGGAACAGUUUGACGUUCUUCUGACAGACCCCAUGUAUAUGUGCAGGGCACUUCUAGCUCUGAAACUGAACCUGCCGUUUAUCGUCAGUCUGAGAUUCAGUUUUGGGAGUUCUAUGGAGCGACUCUGUGGGCAGCUGCCAACACCUGCCUCUUAUGUUCCAUCGGUCAGCCUGGGCUACACGAAUCAGAUGGAUUUCCCACAGAGAGUGAAAAACAUACUGUUUAAUCUCUUUCAGGAUCUUCUGUUCAUGUUUCUGACAGCAACAAAGUGGGAUCCAUUGUAUACAGAGCUCAUGGCCUCUCACUUUGCUUUAAGUGCCAUUCUUGGUAACUGCACAGGUUUGUAAAGGUCCUUAAGGACAAGUAUAUGUUUUCAGAAAACCUACAUCAACAUGAAGAAUUGUAAAUGAGAAGGUAAGGGGGUUUUAUUGUAGUCUGUAAUACUGUGUAGUGUGAAUAAUGUUCAGCAUUCUGAUUUGAUUUGAUUUUACACAGCAUAAUCCCAUUCAAAUAUAACAUAGUCUCUACUCUAGUUACACAGUGGACUGGGUGUAGCUUUUUUUUCACACCGUAAUUGAUCUUCUUGUUAUUCGAUUAAUACAGUCCCUAGUUGUCGCAGUGGGGACAGCAAGGCAGACGAUAAAGAAAUGCAGGCAAAUGCAGGCGGGGAAAAGCAGGCUAAAUGUAAUAUUUCAAUGAUUUGGAGACAGUCAUUGAACCAAACCAGUGGUGGCUCGACCAUAGGGGCAGGUGGUGCAGAACCCCACCAUUUAUAUCAGCUGUUCAACAAAUAUAAAUUACAUUGAGGUACUAAUUACUUACCCCGAGUGACAAACAAUUUUAAAAAUGUUUCUAUUUGACAGGUAUAAGCCGAUGUUCCAUUGAUUUGCUCACCUUUCUAGAUGUUCUGCAAUCAUGGGGCAGCGUGUUCACAGCUCCAUUUAGCUUCUGUAGAGUUAUUAUGCACCUAGUGGUCAAAAAGAGUAACUGCAACAAGCACUAAUAGAGGCCUAUUGGGGCAAGAAUCAUGCUGCCUCAUGCUCACUCUAGUGGAACAGCAGUGAACAGACAGUUAAUGACAGGGUUGCCAGAUUGGGCUAGUUUAAAAAAUUUUUUUUGCACCUGCCAGGAUCUUAUUUUAAUGCAAACAAUUGGAAAUAAAUCUAAUGAAUGUAUGCAAGACAGUGUGUAAGUGCAGACAGUGUGUCUACGAUGUCCUGAACCAUUUCUACUGUAAGAUGUAUUUCAAAGAUUGAGAGAGGGAAAGAGGGAUUAUAGACCAGAUAAAGUCCGUACAUCAGAAAUGCGUGUAAAAAACUUGUUUCCCCACACAAAGGCUGAGCAAAAUAUGUCCCUUUUUUCAAUGUCCAAAUUUUUUGGAUGACUUUUGGGUUGUUUGUUUGGGCUGGAAUUUCUGCUGUAACCUCUAAACGUUGGUUAAUGAUAUUAUCUUGAGCACAGUUGAACAAAGAUAUGUUUGCUCAAAAUAAGCUGCUAGAGCUGCAUCAAAGACUGGGUUGCAUUGCAAAAGGUUUGCAUUGUGCCCAGCAUUACUGCUUUAAAUAAACAAAUGAUAAUUCAGAGUAAUAAUCAAAUUAAGUGUAAUGUUGGCAAUAAAGUGUGUGAACAUUUUACUGUGCACCUCAGGCUUUUAUUUCAAGUUUAACACGGAUGGGAAAAUUAAAUGUGUAUGUUAAUGUGUAAUGUGAAAUGUUAGUCAAAGUACAAAAAUGUCACUGUCAAUGUUAAAGCAAUGUGAUUAGCAGACAGUAUAUUGAAUCUAAUUUUGAACUGAAAAUGUAUUAAAUUUGACACUUGUUACUUUAUGAAAACAUACUGUAGAUAUACCUAUAUAUUAUUAUACAUGAAAUGAAUAAUAAUUAUAUAUACAUACUAUGUGAGGGGCCCGUGAGGAUCAGCCAGAAUAUGCUAAAACACUUCAGAAAUGCUUUUAGUGAAAAUUCUGCUGAUAUACUAGCUGAGAGAGCAGGGUCACUCAACUUACCAUCAGAGUGUAAUGCCUGACUGUGUUGUGCUUAACAGAUCUUAUUAGUUAAGAAAUAAAUAAUCCAUUAUUUUCUAUUGUAAGAAAAUUCUAUUCUGUUUUAAGUGAAAAUCUUCUUUCUUCAUGCACCCUAAUUUGAAAUUUGCUAAGCCAAUGAUGAAUAAUUAAUAUGCAAAUUAGCCUGUGACAUCAUCUAGCUACUUUCCUCUGAAGAGUCGGCAUCACUGGUGACAGCGCCUCCUAGAGUACAGGCUCACAUUACAUGCGAGUAUGAGUUUAAGGAUUAAAAAUGGCAUCCACUAGAUGGCACUUCAGAGCCAAAACAUCCCUGUCCAUCUGGUUUCCAACUGAACUGUAAUGUUUGCUCCCCUCUCCGCUCUGCUCACAUGCUCUGAUCAGGAGAGGGGUAUAAAAGAAUUUCCAGAACAUUAGAUAAACCAUGGAACACCAUCAAGGCCAUCAUCAACAAGUGGAGAAAAUGGAGCACCACAGUGACCAAGAACAGGGCAUCCCUCCAAAAUUUACAAAAGGGCAAGACAAAAACUUACCAGGGAGGCUGCAAGAGACCUACAGCAACAUUAAAGGAGCUGCAGGAAUAUCUGACGAGUACUGAUUACUCUCUGCAUGUGACAACAAUCUCUCAUAUUCUUCACAUGUCUGGGCUAUGGGGUAGGGUGGCUAGACAGAAGCCCUUUCUCACA